GUUUUCUUUCCGCUUUAUGAUUCCAGGAAAAGAUGCGAGCGUAGUGUAGAAGCAUGUCCUUUUCUCGCCCGGAUUUGCGUCAGCUCGAACAACAGUUCAUCAGCAAACGGGAAGAUUACGAAAAGCUUUUGAAGUCGUGGGUGCUGGCGGAGAAGUCGGUGCUUGCCGUGAUUGGAGAUCACGGGAUCCCUGGAGUGAAGCGACUCGAAGCCCAAAGAUGCCUCCACGCGUUCCUCCGGUUGAGCUUCGUCGAAACGAAGGCUGUGGCGCUGGGAGACAAGGUGGAAUUCCGGCGGUAUUUUGACCAUAUCCUGGGGAGCUUCUCGUACAAACCGUCCGUUGGGGAAGACAGUAUAGUUCUGGCGAAGAUUUGCAAGCUGGGUUUGAAAUCCCUGCAGCUGUUGUUGACCUCUGGAGUUGGCGUGGACCCCGUGGCCCACCUUUUGGGAACCCUGACGCACUUGUGUUCUUAUGGCUUGCCCGGGUAUCGGUUCCAAAUCCCACCGCCGAUUGUUCCCUCUUCUCUCGGAAAGGUGGACGUGGAAGAAAUUGAAACUGCUGCCGAGUCCUCCAAGUCGUUCACGGCGUCGAAAAUAACCAAACGUUCCCGCGGGGGUCGCAAGAAAGCCGGUAAACACGCGAAAGAAAAUAACCCGAAACCCGGGGAAUCCAAGCCCGAGAAACGGGACCCGCGGUUCUGGUCCGAAGACCCAACCGAGUGGCUAGCAGAGAACUCGUUGAACCCCAUGGCAACCACGACCUGGCGUAACACCAAGACCUGGCUAACCAACAUCGAAUCAUCAUCAUCAUCAACCGGAAACGGUGUCCCUUCUUCCGUCCUCAUCAGUUCCGACUCGGAAGUCUCGGAUGUGGAGACGAAGCCCAAGGAGUCUGAAGCCCGAGUGCGUCGCGAGAGUUUAGAAGCGCUCAGAGCCGCCUUCAAGUGUUUGUCCAAGGAAGCCGUGACUUCGUAUUGGUGGGCUUUCAUGCCUAGGGCAACAGAAGGUCGUCUUACUACGAAUACUACUAUUACUAGUGGUGCUGGGAAUGAGUCGAUUGACAACGAUUGCUGGACUCUGGUUUCUGCGUUGGUGCGUGAGCCGAGUUGCAAGUGCAGGUUCUCUGCUGCCGUGGCGUUGGAUCAUUACUUGAAGCAGUGCAAGUUGUUCAUUGCUGUGGGAGAAGAGAGGAGAGGAACGCAAGCCUUCACGCCAUUCGCUGUGGAGUUGGGCGAAAGUCUGAUGGAAGUGCACAAGGGCCUUCGUUUGGCAGUGGCUCAAGAAACAUCACCCAUCACGUUGAUACAAAUACUCAAUACCAUCAACACCCUCGUGGCCUUGACGCCAUUUCGCAGAUUUGCACACGCGGGGUUGCUGAAGGCUCUCGUGAGCGACAUCAAGAAAUUCCUUGCCCCUCAAAAUCGGAUGAAUCAGUUCGGCGGAGGAAGCAAUAGUCUGGCUGUAGGCGUGCUCACUGUUUUGGGAACGAUGAUCAGAUGUCACCCGAAUGUCAAGGAAGUUGAAGAAGUCUUGUGUGAAUCGCUUGACGAUGAAUCUUGGGUCGUAGUCCACUGUUGCGGACGAGUGUUGGAAGCCCUGAGUGCUGAGGAAGACGGUGGAAAAGUGAAGCCCAUAGUUGCUGAAGUGAUUCAGUGCCUGGGGGUCUUGAACGAAGUUUGCAAGCAUUAUCCAACUCACUUGAUUGGACGGGACCAGGAGCAUUGGCCCGACUUGAAGCGGAUUCUGGUCAAGGGACUCGCGUCUCCGCAAAUUCAGCUGCAUGUUGCCAAAUUUAUUCCGACUGUCGCCUCUGUUCUGAUGCUUGGCAAAAAUUUGACGGAUGGCCAACCAGCGGCGUGGGAAACGCUCAGUGCAGAGCGACAGGAGAAGUUUUGGCUGGAGUUGCUUUCUGGUCCGUUGCCGACGUUGUUCCAAAAGCUGGACUUGGCGUGUCUCAGAGCAUCUGCUUGUGAUUGUUUGGCUGCCAUCGGAGACUCGGUCCUGGAAUCUCUGCCAUCCCGAAUGCGACUCAUGUGUUUGUCCCUGUUGGUGGGUCAAGCUUAUGACGAACUUCCGACUGCCCGGGCUUCAGCGAUCCGGGGACUCGGGAUCUACGUCUUGCUUCCAUCCUUGAUGGAGGAUGACAGCUUUGUGUUGGACGUUUGCAACGCUGUGAAAGCCGGUUUGAAUUCCGAGUCGCAUACAGUCAAAGUGAAUGCUGCUUGGGCUCUUGGGAAUGUGACUGAUGCCUUAGUUGCCUGGACGAGUCGGGAAAAGCGAGGAGAGUGCGAAUCUCUGGACAACGUCGUUCCCCUGAACGUUUAUUUGGAUAUUUUGAACGAAGCUGUGUUGGGAACCGAAGAGAAGCACAAUUUCAAGGUUUAUUAUUUGCACGAGUCUUGUAUCUUGGUCACGAUUGACAGUAGUAAAGUUUAUCUCUCCAAAAUGUAA